UGAGCGCAGCGCUAGCCGGUGACGGGUGAUGAUAGUAAUACGUACAUAGUAGUAAUAAGUCGGCGAGCCGAAAAGUCUGCCACACACAGAGAGCAAGUAAAGCAUUGCAGUGCAGCCCCCAAGUGCAAUUGCAGUUUUGCAAAAAGUUUUUCGUGAUUAACCCGGGUUAUAAAAUACAUAGACAUACGGCAAAUAUUAAAAACAUGUACUACUCUAUGCAAAAAAUAUAAAGCAACUACUACUUAUUCUAACAUUUGCUGCUGCUGCUAAUGCUGCUCCUGUCUGGCCGUGGGGUCCUGUUGAGGCAGAACUUUUUUUGCUUCCGCAAUACGACGGACGACGACGAGACUGAAAAUCGAUAAUUUCGUGCUGUAUAAGUUACGGCGAAAGGUGCGCGCUCACUCGGUUCAGUUGUGUGUGUUCGGCUCUCGGCGGUUCGGCUUUUCGGUGUUCGGAUUCAACGACGAAAGCAGCAUUCUUAUUGUUGUUGUUGGUGUUGGUGGCGUAGGGUGCAGAUUACAACAAGAAAACGCCGCGCAUGAAACGUGAUUGAAAUUAUUGCACAAAAAGGAAACGGCGCUUACACGCGCCAUACAGGCGUGCGUAGGCGGCAACAGUGCAAAAGAGAAAUACAUUGCAAGUGUGUGUGUGUCGGUGAGAGAGGGCGCUUAAGAAUAGACUGAGCGCGCACUGGAGCUCGCUCUCUCGCGUAAAUCAGGAAGCAAAAGUAAAGCAAAAAAUAACAAACAAAAAUACACACACACCGAUGGCUGCUGGCUGGCGAAUAAAUAGAAACCGUAAAGGCAAAAAUUUGUACUAGCAUGUAGUAAUAGUAGUAGAGAAACGUGUGCAAGUGCGAGAGCGAGAGCAAGAGGACCCCACGGACAUCCAAAAACACCCAUACACGAAACGGGUGGCUUGACGGGGACGUCGCAGUCGCCGUCGCGUUCGCAGUCACCGUCUCCGUCGACGUCGUCGCCGUCGUCGUAGUAAGUUUUUCUGUGUUGUGGGUGCAGCGUCGCGUAAACACGAACGUGUGUGCUUGUGCGAAUGUGUGUCUGCGUGUGGAAUGUGUAAUACAUAUAAAUAAAGGAAAAAAAUAAAGCACACACAGCAACAAAAUCAUGAUAAAGUUUGUCAGGCACAAAAGUCGCGAGAAUUCAUUAAAGGCAUCGAAAAAUUUUCUGCGUAAAAAGCGUGAAUCGAAUGACUCUGGUACCGAAUCUGAUGGUGAACUUCUCGAUGUGGAAAACAAACGUCACUUAGACGUGGAUAUGGAAACUAGUUUGAGUUCCUGGACGGAUGCAAACUCACCUACAACCGAUACUGCAUGCUCAUCCGAGUCUUCUGCCACUGCUGCUGCUGCAAUGAUGUGUCACCAUCAAACGUCGUCGUCCUCAUCCUGCGCCCAUCUCAUGUACGAUCAACACAGUUCUGAGGAGGAGCUCGAGGUGAUUAAUGGGCCCUCAGCCGUGGCUGCGGCCGAGGCAGCUGCUGCUGCCGCUGCGGCGCAUACAACCACAACAGCAACCACCAGCGGUGGCGGUGGCACAGUGGCAUCUUCGUCGUCGUGUGCAUCGCGUCUAUCGAACCGGGGAUGCACCUCAUCGCUGGAUACGGAGGCGCCAUACGAUGAGCAGCGCGCCACAACAUCAGCGAACUCAAAGCGUUCCAGCUCAACGCUAAUGGUUGAGAAUCGAAAGCGUUCUUUGGCCCACAGCUCGGAUGAUGAGUUGCGCAACUCGUUGGAGCCGAUAUUGACGCCCGUGAAUUUUCGUACAUCGCCGCCAUUGGAGGCAUUUAAGCCAAAUCGUAGCCAUAUGAUGUUCCGCUCCACAACGCCACUGAUAUUAUCGGAGGCCAGAUGUGGCAUCGAAAAUAUUAAAUUAUGUGAUAAUAGUGUAAAUGAGGAGAACGGUGACGGCAACGGCAGCAACAAUAGCAACAGUAACAAUAGCAGCAACAACAACAGCAGCAGCAACAAAUGCCCCAAACUGGGAGCGGGAGGAGGAAGCAACGAGAACGAGCCGAGUGUUAUUAAGGCAUGCAGCAGCAGCUUAAAGAUGAGCAACAGUUCGCAUCACAUUUAUCAGCCGCAGCCCAAGUAUAGUUUCCAUUACAAUAGCUCUAGAAGUAGUCCGGCCUCCACCACAGGAUUGGACAUGGAGGUGCGUUCGGUUAGUCCGCCCGCGAAAUUAUUUCAUUGCGCCAUCUCGCCGCGUCGUCGACCCAGCAACAAUGUUGCUGGAGGAGCAGCUGGAACUGCUGGAGCAGGAGGAGCUGGAGCUGGAGGAGCUGUUGCAGGAGCUAUAGGUGAAACAGCGAAUGCUGCCGUUGCCGUUGCCGCUGCCGCUACACAGAGACUGCAGCGACCGCAUCGGCCGUGUUUAGAUUUUGAUAAGAUGCAGCAGGUGAGUCUCUAAUGCAGAGCGCGCUAACAGCGAAUGAAACGGAAAAGGCAAAUCAAAGACUUUUUAUACAAACAACAACAAAACAACAUCAACAACAACAAUACUGCAAACUGUAAGAGAGCAUAAAUAGAGAGACAGAGGUAGAGAGACGAAAGAAAGAGUACCUAAGCAACCAGUGUUGAUCAACACUGGCCUCACAAUUAGGCGCACACUACACGAUCAAACGGCAUGACGGGACUUCAUGACGGUCGAUCGUCAGGCAUAAAAACGACUCAAACACAGGCAUACAAUAAACAAAAAACAGCAACAAAAGAUAUCAUCAAAUCAAAUUAUGUAAAGCUAAAAAAUAAUUGAGAAAUUUUAAACAGAAAAUACGCUAACAACAAAGGCAACAACUAACAAUAGAAGCAGCUAUUUUUUCACAAUUUUAAACCAAAAAAAAUAAAAAAAAAAAAUGGAAAAGAAAAACAGAACCCAUGACAAGUUUGACAGCAUAAACAGAAAAGAUGUUUAGAUAUAUGUAUGUAUAUGGAUAAAUGUAUGUAGUAACUACAGGAUUGUAAAUAAUGAAUUUGUGUGCGUUGACAGAAAAAAAAGAAAACCAUAAAACACAGAAAAAAGCCGAAACCGAAACCCAAAUCGAAAUGGAAACCAAAAUCUUUUUGAAAAUUGGCAUAGGGCUACGUUGUUAGCGAAUGUUUUAAUUUUUUUAAUCGUCAAACAUGCAAGCAAAAGAAACUUAAAAUUAAAUAUUAAAAAAAAAUUGAAAAAAAAUAAAAUUAAAAAAAAACAGAAAUAACAAAAUGUGGUGUGAUGUAGAACGAAGACUCGAAAACUUUAAAGAGCAAAAUUAUAUUUCUAUAAAUUGUGUAAUGUGCAAAGCAAAAAAUAAUAAUAUUGAGGAGAGAAUAAGCGAAAUGUGAGCGGUUAGUGGGAGCAGCAAGAUAUGGAAGGAAAUAGCGUAGCAAACACUGGGGACAAACACAACAAACAACAAAAUAGCAACAGGCAACAAUGUGAAGCAAACAAUAGUAAAUAAAAUUAAAAACCAAAAACCAACAUAAACUUUUGUAAGCAAGCAAAUACAACCUAAGUUGGGCAGUUGAAAAGGAAAAAAAAAAAAACGACAACCAGUUUAUUAUAUGUUUAAUGUACAACAAGAUGAAAUAGUAAGCUAUUUUAUAAACAAUCUUUAAAUUUAUCCACAAACUAAAGAAAAAUUAUAGAAACGACGAACGAAAAAAAAAAACCAAAAUGCUGCCAUCAGUUAAAACAAUUCAUAUGUGCAUGUAUUAAAUGAAAGAUCUGAUCCUUUAUUUACUAUAUGAUUGAUGAGAUUGAUGAUGGAACAAUAAACGCAACAAAAUAAAACAAAAUUGGACAAAACAAUUGCAGGCGCAUAUUAUGUGUAUUAGUAAAACAGAAUUCAUUUUUCUUUGUCAAACUUAAGUAAACAAAAACAAAAUAAAAAUACAAAAAAACCAAAACAA